CACAAAAAAUAAGAGUGACUCGAUAUUCGUUUGUUGGCCCGUGGUUAUGUGUGUGUGUGAGAGAGAGCAGCAGGAGGAAGACUGGUGGCUUUCUUUAGAGCUGACGGGGACGGACAGAAAACAAUACCGAAUACGUGCUCAUACCCGAUUCACUCUGCUGCUGAGUCGCACCGGUCAAUAAAAGUUCACUUUUGGGAGACGUAAAAAUGGGGAUCCGCAAAAAGACCAACAAGAACCCGCCGGUGUUGAGCCACGAGUUUAUCAUCCAGAACCAUGCCGAUAUUGUGUCCUGUGUUGCUAUGGUGUUCCUCCUCGGGUUGAUGUUUGAGGUCACCUCGAAGGUUGCAGUGCUGUUCAUCACGGUCCAAUACAACAUUACCAUCUCUGCAAACGAGGGCCUGCCAGAGGAGAGUGUGGUGAACCACUUCCACCACGGUCUGCAGGAUGUGGCUACGGUCUUCUUCUACAUGCUGGUGGCUAUCAUUAUCCACGCCAUCAUUCAGGAGUAUGUUCUGGACAAAAUCAACCGGAAGAUGCACUUCUCGAAGACCAAGCACAGCAAGUUCAACGAGUCAGGCCAGCUCUCUGCCUUCUACCUGUUCUCCUUCGGAUGGGGAACCAACAUCCUCAUGUCGGAGAACUUCCUGUCCAACCCAGUGAAUCUGUGGGAAGGCUACCCCCAUACCUUGAUGCCGUUUCAGAUGAAGUUCUUUUUCAUCUGUCAGAUGGGCUACUGGCUUCACGCUCUGCCCGAGCUCUACUUUCAGAAGACCAAGAAGGAGGAUAUUCCUCGGCAGUUGGUGUAUAUCGCUCUGUACUUGGUCCACAUCGCAGGAGCCUACAUCCUCAAUCUGAAUCGUCUGGCUCUGGUCCUGCUGGUGUUGCACUGCUUCGUAGAGCUUCUCUUCCACGUGUCCCGCCUGGUCUACUUCAGCAACGAGAAGAGACAGACUGGGUUUACUGUCUGGGCAGUACUGUUUGUUCUUGGACGGCUGCUCACCCUGUCCCUGUCUGUCCUGACUGUGGGUUUCGGCCUGUCCAACGCUGAUGAACAGGUACUGGACCUGGCUAUCGGAAACUUCAACGUGCUCUUUGUUCGGAUCACUGUGCUGGCGACCAUCUGUGUGACUCAGGCCUUCAUGAUGUGGAAGUUCAUCAACUUCCAGCUGAGGAGGUGGAGAGAGCAGGCCCAGGCCCAGCCUGUGAAACCCAAGAAGCCCCAAGCUCCCAAGAGCAAGUCCAAGAAAGACAAAGCCAAUGGAGUGAACGGAGUAAGUUCCAACGGAGCUGAUUCGCCGAGAUCAAAGAAAGAGAAAUCCUCAUAAAGUCCCCCCUCCAAUCCCUACUCACCCCAAAAAGACUCCCUUAUAUCCUGUCCCCCUCAACCCUCCAACCCCUACCCACCCCAAAAAGACUCCCUUAUAUCCUGUCCCCCUUCAACCCCUACCCACCCCAAAAAGACUCCCUUAUAUCCUGUCCCCCUCAGCCCCUACCCACCCCAAAAGACCCCUAUAUCCUGUCC